AUUAGAUUUAGUGCAGCCACGGACACGCGGCUAGAACGGUUCACUUUCUUCGCGUUACGCGCAGGUGAAUCGUUAACGGUUUCGGUUGGCCAGUUUAAACAUUCCGUGCGUUUCGAUGUCAAAACCACGCUUUUGACGUGCAACAGCAAAGCGCAGUGGGAAUCAAUCGAUAUCGCUGCUAAUAUUUUACCCUUUUGCGGCACAGUAUCAGUUCGGUUGGUGCGUGCUUGGGCAGCAAAUACGGAAAACGAUUCAAGACGACAUAUUUUAGUGCAUAAUUAUUGCGCUGCUGGAAUGCAAGUUAUGUGAAAAAUCUUAACGAUUUAGUCCGCCGUUAAUAUCUCCGUGCCAAAAACAGUGUUAAAGAAAAUUCUUAAAAUGGGAGUGAAUGAUAGCGACAGCCGCAAGGAUUCCAUUACAUCAUCGACGUCCUCGUCACACUUGGAUUUGGAGUUGUUGCAGCGAUUGUUUGUUAAAUUCGAACCAGAUUUAACCAUCGACUCAUACGAGGAAGCACAAGGAUCUGGACGUGGCGACAACUACACGGCCGCACUGUUCCGCAUUGCGCUGAAGGGACACACGCAACCGGAAGGAAGCUCCAAGAAGUUAAAAUGGGAAAAGAGUAUCAUCUGCAAACGGCUGCCAGAUUGCAAGAUCAAGCGGGAAGCGUUCAAAAGUGAAGCACUGUUCCGCAACGAGGUCGUGUUCUACAACACCAUCAUGCCCGAGUACAUCGAGUUCCAGCGACGCCAGUUGGCCGCCGUAAGCGGCACGGGCAAGGAUCAAACAGGCACCACCGACGUCUUGGGUGAGCACGGCAUCUUUCAGGCAAUUCCACAAUGUUACUUGGCACGGGACGAUUUGCUCGUGCUCGAGGAUCUGCGGGUGCGUUCGUUCACGAUGCCGGAUCGGCAGGCAGGAUUGGGCCCGAAACAGCUGGAAGCAGUGCUGGUCGAGUUGGCAAAGUUCCACGCGGUCAGUCUCGCCUACAAGCGGCGGCAUCCGUUGGAGUUCCAAAAGCUUGCCAACGCCUUGGAGGAGGGUAUAUUCUCGCAAGCGAAUGCGGAAUGGUAUCGCAAGUACUACGACGUCUUGACGCGCAACGCAAUUCAGAUGGUGAGACAGACGGUGCCGGAGAAAAAGGAGCAUUUGGCGAAGCUGGAAGCAUUCCUGAGCAACUGUUUCGGACAUCUGGUGGAGUUGGUUAACCGAAAGAGUGAGCUUUCGGUCAUUUGUCACGGCGAUUGCUGGACCAACAACAUACUCUUCCGCUACGCUGACGAUGGUGCAAUAGCCGAGACAUGCCUAGUGGACUUUCAGCUCAUCCGUCACGGCUCGCUGGCCCUCGAUCUAGCCUAUCUGAUCUACUGCUGCACAGAUGGUUCCCUGCGCAAGAAGAAUCUGCAAAACUGGCUCCAAACGUACCACCGCCAGCUGGUACAGUCGCUUCGGUUCCUGCUGGGCGAACUGUUUGACGAGGUGUUUGGCUCCGAAAAACGGCUGUGGGAGCUGCUCAACGACGACUUUAAGGUGUGUGCCCGCUUUGGCCUCGGCACAGCGAUGGACAUGCUUCCCAUAAGCACCUGCUCCUCGGAGGAGGCGCCGGAUCUUUAUGCCAGCGGGACUGAUACGGCAGCAACGCCGCCCGAGCUAAACGUUCCGCCGAAUGAAAUGUGUCGACAGAAGAUGACCAUGCUGGUGCUGGAGCUGAUCGAUGGUGGAAUGCUCUAGAAUGUUUGCUUCAUUUUGGAACACGCAUACUAUUUGCUAGCGAGACCUGAGAGCGUUCGGGCGAACUCACUACACACACACACACACACACACACACAGGGCGGACACACCGCGCAAUAUUGGCAGUAUUUUACAGGGUAGUAAUAUGAUUAGUAUCGUUAGUGAAGUGAAUGUUAUGAACCAUACUCGAACUGUUAAUGCUACUCCAUGACAAUAAAUUAACUAUGCACUGUACCCUAGUGCUCAACCGUA